AUUUGAAAAAUCAAAACCCCGUUUUACAUCAGAAAGAACGAAAUUUCCGGAAGCAAAAAUCGAAAAACCCUCAAGAUCAAAACCCAAAACCUCAAAUAUCCUACUGAAACCCUAAAAUUGGAUAGUGUAAAUCACUAUGCAGGGUUUCAAACGGGGCUCCUCUGUUUUAACGCAGUUCUCCGUUCCUCAGAUCAGAAAGAAAGUUUCAAAUUCAUUCUCAGCCGUUGAAGAUACUUUUUUAUCAACCAAGGAGACAUUUGAGAGGCAUAAAGUUGUGUUUACGAUAUUAACUUCAAUUGCAUCUGUUGGCACUGCUUGGGUUGGAUAUACGUUACGCCACCUUCACGAGACAAAAGUUGAACGGAGGCUCGAGUCAAUUGAAAAUGCUAUGAGAAAAAAUUACGAUAUCGAAGGUAAGGAGUUCAUGAAGUUGGUUGGUUCUGGUAAUACUAACGCUGCAGCCUGUAUUGCCACUGGCGGGGUGUCACUAAUUGUCGGGUACGGGUUGGGUUGGAGAGGCGGUAGAUGGUAUGCAAAUCGUAAAUUCAAAAGGGAACAGAUGAAGCUUUUGGGUCAAGUUAAACCGAAAAGGUGGCAACUCAAGUUUCUGAAGCGUCCGAUAAUUCGAUUAAAAAGGUCAAACGGUGCGGUCAAAGCACCAGAAACUGUGGAAAGAUCAGCUCCAAUGGCUCAUAAUCCCAGUGAAGCAAAUCCUGCUUGAAAUUUGAAGAAGAUGCUUAUUAAAAAUGUUUAUUUAUUUAUUUAUUUAGUUAUUGCUCCAUCUAAGAUAGGUGCAAUGAUCUUGCAUACAACUAUUAACAAAUUUUGAAAAGUUUUGUUAUGGCC